AUGAGCGCGACAAACGGCGAUUUCGCAGAGGCACCGUCUCUCUUGACAAUACCAGGCGAAGUGCGCAAUGCUAUCUUCGAAACCCUAUUCGAGUUAGGCGACCCCAUUCAGAUCUCCCGCGAUCGUCGCAACAUCUUCUGUGUGAGUCCGGCGGGCGACCCCUACACUGCUGAACCAAUUCCAUGGGCAAUGGCCUGGCUCAACGAGAUUGGUAGACAGUCUUCCUCUGUUCGACAUCUUCAAAUCUACAUCGACAACAUAUUCCACGGUGCGGAUGAUGUCGUCAAUAUAUCACCUAUACUACAUCAAGCAUGGAAGCCUGAUCGUGCGGCUUUAAAGGUUGAACUUCUCCCUAGAUGGUCUCCGGAAUGGGACCGCCCCCCAGGCGACGACCUCAACAGAACAGCCGAGCUGAACGCGGUCUCAUGUAACAGUCAGAUGGCUAUAAUCAUUGAUGAUCCUUCAGGAAUGAUCAAAAGAUUCUGUUCCGUGCCUUCAUUACUACGAGAAGUCUACCUGAACUUCCUGGACCACUAUGCUCGCCUCCAUUACUAUCAUGCAACCAAGAGCGACGGCGGUCUACUAUCUAUGGACACGAUUGAUAUAGUCGAAAACGGUGCGGAGAGUACAUUUUCGAAAAGAAUACCGAUUACGGACAUCAAACGCAUAAUGUCGUGCUGCGAAACUCGAAACACCAUCUUGACCAUGGCAUUGUGUCCAGACGAGGGCAUUAUCUUUGACCUCACAAACCGCACAACAAACGUGGAUGUGGCCUACAUCGCAUCGGUCACUACUUACUUGACUGGCACACACGAGAUCGGCUUCCGGGAAAGAGCAUUCGGUGUCACAUUGACAAGUAUGAGUACCCUGGCAGCUUUUACCGCGGAACUAAAGAUACUCCGCGGACUGCCUCUCGGAAGUCCUACGAAUAUAACCAUUCGCUACUAUCUGGAAAUUGACGCCUCCUUGGACGAUGUACAGUUCGAUGCUCUCGCGCUACUGCAUGCGACGGUCUCUCACUACCUAUUAAAUUUUGUGCGCAUCGAGGUCUACAACAAAUCUGGCACUGCCCCAUUCAAGAGCUACACUAUCUCUCUUGAGGAUAUACGACGGAGCGUUCUUCUCUUCAUGUACCAGAUUUUUAAGAAAACUUCAGAGCAUAUGCUAGCGCAACUACCAAGGAUCUGGAUGAGUGGCAGGGGUGAGGCGCGGGAAGCCGAAUGGGACUUGAGCAAGUGUUCUUUCGAGCCGAUCGUGAAUGAGAACGUGGGCAUCAGCUCGACAAUCAUUCAAGCACGCUGCGAAGGAAUUUUAGGGAUCUUGGAAAGCAUGCUCAUUCCAAACAAUUUUCCGCCUGACUCUAUGGGGGAUCUCGCAACACGGUUUUGGUACUAG